CCCUUUUACCCUUGACCCUGGAGCUUGUCUGCAUUUAAUUUUUGCUCCAUUCCCUCACACGGCACGGAGCAUAACAUAUUAGAUUGUAAAAAUUAUUUCAAAUAACAUUAACGCUGAUCGACCAACGAUGCUCAUCUCUACAGGCUCUAAUGGUGGCUCUCAUAGCAAUAUGUCGUUCAAUUCCAAAGCUAUCAGUACAACAAAGAGUUAUGUAGCCGAGUUACCAUCGCCACCGCUCUCUCCACAAGAAGAUUGCAGCUUUCGUAACGCCUGUCCUGUCAUCCCUGUAAAGGAUAAAGACCUUGUGGAACAGGGUUCAACCCAUGAAUCCUUUCAUGAUAUCGACCCAUAUCUUGAUGUCGACUGGAAUGAUGAAGGCCAAAAUGACGAAAACGAUACUGAUGAGGAUGUUGUUGUUGUUAAUGAUGAUGUUGAUGUUGACGAUGUUGUUGUUGAUGAUAUUGAUGUGGAUAAAGACGUCCAAACCAAUGAAUAUUCGAAAGAAGUGAGAUAUGAUCGCAAGGAUGAUGAUAUCAACCUUCUUCCUCAUUCAAUCGACCAAGAACAACAACCACAACAACCAUCACAGCAACAAGACCACCUUCAUCAUCACCGUCAUCAACUUCAACAAGGACAAGGGCAAGAACUUAGUGAUCUUCCUGAAGUUAUUAUGCCUAGACGUGAUUGGGUGCAGUUGCAGGCUCGGAUCAACUUUUUGGAGACGGAGGUCACCCGAUCUGCAGAGACGAACCAAGAGUUGAAGCAAGAACUGGAUAAGGUCAAUGAAUAUUUGUUCAAGCUGACAAAGGAAGGUGGUGAUGGAGGCGAUGAAGGUUGGAAGAAAGGAUAUGAGUUUUUGGUGCAACAAAUCGAUUUGAUGCAUCGACAACUGCAACAAGCGUAUAGUCAAAUGAACCAGAUGAGUCGUCAAGGUCAAGGUCAAGGUCAAGGACAGUAUCCUCAGACAUGUGAACAUCGUAACCAUAGCACUGAUUUAAAUGGAUUAGAUCAGCAAGAGGAGCACCAUUGCAAUCAAAAUCAAGAAAUCAAUGUUCAACCAGACAUUGACAUGACACGACAACUCCGUGCUGAAGUAGAUGAACUGACUUCGUCGCUUAGGACUUGGAAAGCAGCUUUUCAUCAAGCAGAAGAGAAUUAUCGUCGGAAAUGUGAAGGAGAACGUGUUCUAAAACAAAUUAUCCGUGAACGCGAAGCACAGCUGCUAGAUUUAGCAGAGAAAUUGACUGGCCAUAAGCAAUCAUUAUCAUUUUCAUCGUCACCAUCAUCAUCAUUGUCAUCUUUACCUUUGGACUUUAACUAUCCUGAACUGUUACGUCUUUCAAAAGCAAAAAUGACAGACAGAGCUAGUACUCCCUUCGACAGUGUUGAUGAGCAAUUUCAAGAAGGAGAUGAUGGAAGCAAGCCUAUGCCUGGUGUCUUCCCGGUAGAAGUGGCUGAUGGCUCAUCAUCUCAUAUACCCAUUCAAGUUCAGGUUCAGAAUUACCAGUGCUCAUAUAUUUCCAUAUUGUUCUGGGCUGCUUCUCUUAUCGCAGUCAACCUGCUUCCUUGAGUCCAUAAAAUCACCUCUUUUUUUUGUUCUUCUG